AGGGUCCCAUGGGAAAGCGAGCUCUGUGAUUGCGGGGUGGCAGGCAGGCGCUCUGCUCUGGGUGGGGGCAGUUCUGUCGCUGAGUCAUGCGAUAGGAGGGGGCCCUUUUCAUUCUCACACACACACAUCCUCUCUCCUGAUGUCACCAAUCUAUUCUUCAGUGGGAGAAUUGAUUAGCAUUCAUCGGGAGCCUUUGCAGGGGAGAAAGAAAAGGAGGUUGAGAAAGGGAGACAGUGGAGGCAAAGGCGAAAGCCGGUGGCGGCCACGGAGCUGGCUCUUUCCCGUCCAGGCUACAUUGAAACUUUAAGCACAAUCGAGGGGAAGAAUGGGUAUUUUAUAACUGGGAUCCUUGGUGACGUAUGGCUGACUGUUCCCUGGCAAGAGAUCUUUAUGGACCUGUAGCAGAGUGAAAUUGAAGGCAUCUGGGAAGGGACCGUAAUCUACUGUAGAGGAGAACAGAGCCCCUCAAUCACUGGCGCUGUAAAUAAGAGACGGAGACGAGUCAGAGAGAAAGGGAAUAGUGGAGGGGGGGAGCCUCGUUUGGGGGGAAGCGGGGUCAAAAGCAUUUUUGGUGGAUGGUAUGAAGCCAGCCAUGGAAACUGCAGCGGAGGAAAAUACAGAACAAAGCCAAGAGAAAAAAGGUUGCUUUGAAUGCUGCAUCAAGUGUCUGGGAGGAGUGCCCUAUGCUUCCCUUGUGGCUACCAUUCUCUGCUUCUCUGGAGUUGCUUUAUUUUGUGGCUGUGGACAUGUUGCCCUGGCCGGGACCAUAUCCAUUCUGGAACAGCAUUUCUCCACAAACGCCAGUGACCAUGCCAUACUGAGUGAGGUAAUACAGCUGAUGCAGUACGUCAUCUAUGGAAUAGCAUCUUUUUUCUUCUUAUAUGGGAUCAUUCUGUUGGCAGAAGGUUUUUAUACCACAAGUGCAGUGAAAGAGCUGCAUGGUGAGUUUAAAACAACAGCCUGUGGCCGGUGCAUCAGUGGAAUGUUUGUUUUCCUCACCUACGUGCUUGGAUUGGCCUGGCUUGGGGUCUUUGGCUUCUCGGCUGUGCCAGUCUUUAUGUUCUAUAACAUAUGGUCAACUUGUGAAGUCAUCAAGUCACCCCAGACAAAUUCAACAGCAUCAGGGAGCCAGAUCUGUGUGGAUAUCAGGCAAUAUGGUAUCAUCCCUUGGAAUGCCUUGCCGGGCAGGGCAUGCGGCUCAACCCUGGAGAGCAUCUGCAACACAAAUGAGUUCUAUAUGUCCUAUCACUUGUUCAUCGUGGCCUGUGCUGGAGCUGGUGCCACUGUGAUCGCGCUGCUGAUCUACAUGAUGGCUACUACAUAUAACUAUGCGGUUUUGAAGUUUAAGAGUCGGGAAGAUUGCUGCACUAAAUUCUAAAUUGAAAUAAGGCCAAUACAGAGCUUUAGAGAGCUACAUUGUGUGGCUUGAACUACCACUGACACCAUAGACUAAAACAGAGUCUAGAUUUUGAAGUUUUGUGACCAUAAUUUGUAAAUAGCUUCAGUAAACCAUUAGCAUAGUCAAUUAAUAAAGUGACUUAUUGUAUAUGGAUUCUAGAAUGGUAAGAUCUGGCUAUUACCUAUAUUUUUGAGAGGAUUCAGUUAUUUUACUGACACUGGUAGCCUCCUUUAAAGACAGGACUUUCUUGAAGUUAACAUGUAGUUGUUUUUUCCCAAAGCAGUUACUUUUAGAUCAAGUACUUUAACUCUUGAAUGCCUGCAUCUUUUCCCAUUUUUUCACUUUUUAUGUCACUUCAAAUUUUUAAAUGAAACAAAAACCCCAGCACAGAAGCUAAAGAUGCAAUGAAAGAGAACCAUUAAAAUCUGCGCUUUAAUAGUUCUUAUCAUGUUUCUUGGGAAAGGAAAAAUCAUUUUAGAAAAAUUACUUUUAAAAAACCUUUAAAGCAUUUCAGCACAUUGGAAAGUCACCUGGUUUGACACCAACUAAAAAUCCACAAACAGCAGCAAGAUAGAAAUUUAUAUAACUAUUCAAUUUGGUGGGUUUCUUUUCCCCAUUAAGGAAUUUAUUCUUCUAUUUUGCGCAACACAAUCAGCCCUUCUAAACUCCCCUCCCCACUUCCAAAAUAUACUGAAAAGUGGAAUCUUAAAUCUGUGUAUCAGUGCAGUAAUAACUGAUUUCUCAGUAGCCAGUUCUUGAAAUGCAAGUUAAGAUUUUAAUGGGAAGAGAAAUUGUGCAAAGACCUGAAUAUCUCAAAGAUGUUGGAAAGGAAAUGAGAGAAAUAAAGGUCCCAAGAUGUAGAAUUGCAUUACAGGAAAUAUAAAGGAAAGGAGUUGGGACGAAAUGUGGUUGUUCCAUCAACUGUUAUGAAUAAUUUUCUUAUGGACUCAGACACUGAAUGAAAUGAGAGUUCUAAAAUGAAAAAUGUAGCUGUAAAACCACUAAAAUCUGUUAAUCCAGAGACUGCAUGCUUUGCUUAUAGUUUUUAGUUUGGGUUUCAUAUUAUUUAAAUUUUCUCAUGUUAAACUGUAGUUUUUUCCCAUUAUUUACAUGAAAUAAAUAUUGUUUACAGUUGGGGGGAGGGAAGAUUUGUCCUUACCUACCUUGUAAGAAAUGUCUUUGUACACCUAUUUUAAAAUCCAAACACCAACGUAGUACAUACCCAGAUUUGUGCAUCAUACCUAAACAACGCUCCCCAAGUGGCAGAAAGUGCUUUGCUGUUUUUCACUUAACGCUUUUUCUUAUAACCUUGGCCAUUUAAACAAGAUGCUCCUCGUUUUUUAUAAACUAACUUCUCUUCAUCCGUUACUAUUAAACAGAAUAGAAAGGCAUGCUUGCUCUUUGGGAAGCCAUUAUACUGACCCUCUGAUUCUUCCAUAGCAGAAUGUGUGUAUUAAUAUAGAAUAACCUCCUCCCGUUUUUAUGAAAGAAUGUCUAUCUCUUAAUCUGACUAGCAGCUUGCUUUGCCUUUUGACAUGCUCACUAGCCAUCAUGCUCACCCUUCUCUUCCAGAUCCACUUCCUCAUGAUACUGUCUUCUAACUGGGCUUACUUAAAGGAUGCAAGCAAAAUGCAGGCCUACCAGGAUAUCAAAGCAAAAGAAGAACAGGAACUUCAGGAUAUCCAGUCUCGGUCAAAAGAACAGCUCAAUUCUUACACAUAAAUGUUUGUCAGAGUAAUUCAGCAGAAGAAUUGAUAGCUCUGACAAAUCAUCAAACGGCUGCUCUGCAGUACAGAUGUAUAUCCACCAAACAAACUAAUAUAGGAGUACAAAAACUUCACUGUCAAGCUCCUGGGACUUGUUUCUAGGAAAACCUUCCACUGGGUAAAUCUUUCUUCCUUUAGAACAGAUAUUUGGAGGUUUCAUGUCAGCCAUUUUAAAAGGCAACACUCUGACACAAGGAUUGUUUACCCUUUUUCAGAUUCAUAGCAUUCCCAAGUUUUGCUUUGCCUCUAUUGGUGUGGUCACUGUUGCAAUGCAAAUCAGUUAUGGUCUUUGGAAGGGGCUCUCAACUUUCUGGCAUUGGGAAAUUUAUCUGUACAUGUAAAUGCCAUCAGUUACCCACCAACUUCCAUUUCUGACAGCUGACAUUUGUUAAAUGUUGGCAUUUUGGCUCUUAAAAGUUUUUUUAUAAGGUGAGACUUUUUUUCCCUCCAGAUGAGCUGGCUUCCUAAUUUGUCCAAGUAAAGGACACAUUAAUUCCCUGAGCCAGUCAGAAGGCAGCUAUUCAGAUAUGCCUCAAUGAGCCACUAUAAUUCUGCCAAACUUACUGCUGGAACAACUUAGAUUCUUAUUCAUGGGCAAGCCCUGUAGAAUUUGUUUUAUACAUCAUUCAGUUUUAAUAAACCCAGUAAUCAGGUUUUUCCCCCCCUUCCUAAAUGCCAGCUUUGCCUUAAUGUAAAUUUCUUCUAAAUUUCUAAAAAUUUCUAUAAAAGGACACCAUGACGUCUUCAUGGUACUUCAUUCGAUAAAGUUCCUUUCUUAAUUAAGAAGUGUUACCUUAUUAAAAUGACCACCAUCAAAAACCAUUCUUAGAUGGUCUAGAUAGUGAGUUUGAAAUUUCAUACCAGCUAUCUAAAAUUGAAUUACAAUUAGACCACAGACCUCCUGCUUUUCUAGAACUUGAUAUCUAAAUUAGAAUUUGUAUUUAUUUUGUUUUCUUUAAACAAAUCUUAGUUAUGACCCCAAAAUAAUGAUGUUCAGUAAAAAAGCUGCUAGAGUUUAAGCCAUUUUCAACAGAAACUUGCCUUCUAUAUCAUUGUGUUUCAGAUGCAUUAAGUGAUUAUUGGGUAUUAGUGAUGGUAAAAUUUGUGUUGUUCUUUAUGAAAUGAUAAAUAUAGCUGUUGGGUUUAUCAGUGCUUUUAAAAAAAGCUACAUAAUAUAAAGUUAACCACUGUAUAUUCAUGUUUAAAGUUAACUUGUGGUUUGACUGUUUCCUGGAUAUUAAAACACGUACCUGUGUGAAAAUGUAUAAAAAUGAAAGGAAGCAUACAUUUACUUAGAAGCUAUUAAAACUGAUCUUUUAUCAGGUUCUCUAUUUCAUUUGGAUCAUUAAAUUUAAUUGCCUAAAAUUUUUUUAACCCUUUUCACAUUAGGGGAGACUCUCUUCUAUGUAGAGCAAAUGACAAUUAUUUAGUGUUUGUUUUCCUGUUGCAUGAAGGAGACUUAAAUAUUUUUCACAGCAGUGCAGGUGCUGUCACAUAGUCCAGUGUUCUCAUAGAAGAGUAAUGGAGGCAGUGUCUUAAAGCCCAGUUCUUUUUCUAAUUCUAGGUAGUAUUACCGGGAGUUUUUGACCGUUUCAUUUUAAGUAGUCUAAUAUUUUUUAUGUAAAGAUCAUUAAAUUUUGCUAUGUAUAAAUUUUUGUAACCUAACAGUGAAUCAAUAUUUUCUAUCAGUGCCAAGGGCUUCCUGUAGUUAUAUUCAAGUGUUACAAUAAAUAUUUGUAGAUAAUAGAGCCGACAUGUGUAUGCUUAUUUUAAGAUUCUAUCUAGGCAAAAGUAGUUGUGGCUGUACUGAUAGUAAUAAAAUAAAAUUAUAGCUUCCUUCA